UACCGUGCCAACCCAUCACUCAGUUCACAACGUUUCAGUCGUCAAUACGAUUUUGCUUUUACAUUUAUCCACGAUGGCUCCAGGAGGAAAUUCUGCGGGUAAAGCGAUGAAGAAGUCGUUCGGCAAAGCACAAAAGAACAUCGCCAAGUCCGACAAGAAGCGCAAGCCCAAGAGAAAAGAAUCGUACUCCGUUUACAUUUACAAAGUACUGAAACAAGUACACCCCGACACCGGCGUCUCUUCGAAGGCCAUGAGCAUCAUGAACAGCUUCAUCAACGACCUGUUCGAGCGCAUCGCCACUGAAUCUAGUCGUCUGGUCCACUACAACAAGCGUUCGACCAUCACCAGCCGGGAAAUCCAGACCGCCGUCCGACUCUUGUUGCCUGGAGAAUUGGCCAAACACGCCGUCAGUGAAGGAACCAAGGCCGUUACCAAAUACACCAGCUCCAAAUAAUUAUCAUCUCGUUUAACAACUAUCUAAAACGGCCUUUUUGGGCUUUUUAGGGCCACCAAUUUACAAAUAUUUGUUGUAGACUUGACAUAUUAUUCCCUGAGUAGUUUGGACAUCAUGGACACUGGUGAACAACAUCCCAAUAUCGUAAUAAACCGAUAACUAUAAAUUCACUAAUGUACUAUAAUAAUUCAACAGGGCAACACUAGUUGUCGUGCAGCCGUGUUAGUACGGCUUGUUAAUUGAUGUCUUUCUAUACCUAGUAAGCAUGGACAAAGUUCCCAACUAUUAUUGAAUUUUUCAACAGUCAUGUCCGCGCUUUCCACUAGUCACUGUUUUCAGUCCCAUACUUUUUAAUUUGAAGUCACAGUGUCACACGGAAAAACGCGAAUUAAAUUACACGUCUUCCUAAAGAGCUCUAAUAUAUGGAUAUACCUAAGCAAAUUCAUGUUUUGUACUUAUUACUUAUAAAAUGAUUUAAAUAUUUAGAUGUAUCAUUUUUGAAUUACAAUUAUUUUAAUUUUA